AGGACCCCUGACCCUAUCGCUUUAGUGAAUAAGCAAUCUAAGAGCCCUAUAGCUCCGUGCGGCGCACACCGCAUUUGUAAAUAAGUGGUUUAUAAUUUUUGAGCUGCGCUGCACUUAAGUAAAUUUUGUGUCCUCCUUCUCUACGUCUAGACAUUGUCGCUUUUUCCCGUUCCGCUUUUGUUCUCCGAACCAUCUUAAAAAAUGAGGUAGCCUUGCGCGAUCAUUAGAAGGCUACAUCAGGAGGAAAAUGGCGAGCAGCGGGAAGCUCCCCGCGGCGCAGGUGAUUGACCUCAUGUCUGACAGCGACGAGGAGCCGGUGCUGAAAAAAGCAAAAACCGAUAAUAACACGGGUGCCGCAGCUACAAUUACCGAACAAGAAGUCGCAGAAAAAGAGUUAAAGCUGGACGAUGUCGACCGCCUGCUUGAUGAAGCGGAACGGCAAGCGAAGGCGAAAUCUUUGUCAACAUCGGGCCAGCUGCAGACAGCCGUAGCGGAGGGAGAGAAAUCAAAGAACGCAGGCAUUGCCACACUGCAGAGCCAGCUGGAGAAAUACGCGGCAAAUUUCUAUGUCCGGGAGCUCCCGCGCGAAAGGCCAACCUACACAGGCUUUCCAGAACUACUUUCCGCAAAUGUUCAGGGGGCGCUGCGGGAGCAGAUUGGUAUAGACCGGCUGUAUUCGCACCAGUCUGAAACAUUUCGGCAGGUGGUGGAAAAGCACGAGAAUGUGUUUCUCUGUACGAGCUUUGCCUCGGGAAAAUCUCUAGCCUACACCCUUCCGCUUUUGCACGAGUGGGAUCUGUGGCACGCACGGUUUGGCAACGGUGUUGGAGCAUCAACAGCACAGUCAGCAUGCAGCUCCAGCAGUGCUUUCGAUAACCGCCCUCGGGCGUUUCUGCUUUUCCCAACGAAAGCCCUGGCCCAGGAUCAGUGCCAGAAGUUGAAGAAAUUCGAGCAGUUGCAAGGGAAACCCUUUUGGAAGGUGACGACGUUCGACGGAGACACAGCUUUUUCCACACGGAAGCAGCUCUUGCAAUCCUGCGACCUUUUUCUGACAAAUCCGGACACGUUGCACUGCUUCUUUCUGAAGGAAUUCAGAAAAAACAAGGAAGUGCAAAAUGUGUUGCUGAACUUACGCUUUCUCGUCCUCGAUGAGGCGCACGUCUACACCGGGCGGUUCGGUGCGCACGUCAGUUGCGUGCUGCGCCGGCUGCGCAGAGCGAUCGAGAAAACCAAGCAGAUGCAUGGCUUGCUGGAGGAAACAAAAAAUGCGGCUGGGAGAGAUGGCGCUGCUGGCUUGCAGCGGGGCCAAUCUGCGGCCAGUGGCAGCGCAAGAGCAAAGGCCAAGGCGAAGGCAAAAGCGAAGAGUCGGGCUGGAGCAGCAAGAAACAAGGGGCCAAUCGUCAAACUUAAUGGCACUUCGGCCAGUUCUUCUGCUGUGCCUCCUACUAACGCGGCAACCGCAACAGCUAGCUCUGCGACAGGGUCGUCUUUGCCUUUCGCCGGCCUACCGAAAUCCAACAGUGGUCCACCUGCUCCGACUCUCGAACCCGAGCAGUCCAAGCACUUGCGAUUUAUCGCGUGUUCGGCCACUAUGGUUCGCCCGCUCGAGUUCUUUCACGAGCUUGUCGACCUGGAUGUCACCGUAAUCAGCGACAGUGGUGCGGGCCGCGGGUCCAAGCAGGUCUGUUUGUGGACGCCCACGAUGCGCGCCAGGAACUACGAACUGUACGAGCCCGACGCGGAAAAGCGCAAGCGAAAUUUCGCCAAGCAGAAGGCGAAAAAGAUCGAAAAAACGAACAAGCAACUGAAUUUGCUUGAGGACCCCACGACAGUAAGUAGUGCGGCCAGUACGGCUGUUGGAAGUGCGACUACAGGGUCCUCCGCUACGACCGCGACUACGAGUUUGCACGAUCCGAUGACUGACAAGGAAAAUGUCGACUCGUUCCAUCACAUGAACGACGGGAUUUACGAUGAUAUCGCGUGGAGCUUCGUUCAAGCAGUGAAAAAGGGCAUCAAAACGGUGCUGUUCGUGUCCGCGAGAAGCUUGGUGGAACUUAUGCUGGACCGCAUUUGCGAGCGUAUCCGAAAAGAUGCGUCUUUGGUCGGAAACAAGAAGAGUACCGCUGGGGACGCUGCUGAGACGGUUGAGGAUUUCCUCAAUUACGACGGACGUCCGUCAGAAGAGGAAAACAUGGACGAGGGUAACAAUAACUCGGCAGCUGGAAGAGUGCGCAACAUGAAGAGCCCGGAGACGAACAAAAGGGGUCAGCCCGGAGCGCUGGCAAAGAAGACCACAGCUGCAGCCAAGGCCGCUGCUUCAAAGCGGAAAUCUGUCUCUUCGGCGACUGGGCCGGGGGCACAAGCUACCGGACAACUUGGAAAUUCUUCAUCGUCAAACAAUGCGGUACACUCCGCCGCAGACGAGCUGAUCGGCCGCAUUGCGUCGUACCGAGCAGGUUACUCGAAGGAGAUCCGGCGCGACAUCGAACAGAAGUUUUUCAACAACAAACUCAUCGGUCUGGUUGCCACAAACGCCCUGGAAUUGGGUAUCGACGUCGGGGACCUGCAGUGCACUAUCCACUUGGGUAUUCCAAGGCAACUCAGCUCUCUCUGGCAGCAGAUGGGACGCGGUGGGCGCGGGUUCGAGACGGACAGCUUGGCGAUUGUGAUUACGUUGCCGAUUUCGGGUGUGGACGCGUAUUACAUGGAGAACCCGGACGAAUUCUUCAGCCGGCGGGACCCGGUUUGCGCCCUCUUUAUCCCACCAGACAUCACGCGGGACCACCUAUUUUGCGCCAUGAGCGAGUACCCAGGGAAAUUGGAGGACUACUUGGAACUGUUCUGGAAAGAGAAAAGCUUCAGGCCAAUGCUCGACAACGGCAAAGGGACACAGACUGGCUUGGAGCUACAGCAGCAGGACAGCGAUGCCGAUAUCAAUCCUGGCACGACCAAAGCGGCACUCGCGACUAUCAGCAGUACAAGUCAGAAAGCAGAGCAGUCCCUUACCCCCCUUGUUACUUUCGACGAUAUUUACGCCGAGUUUCCCUUCCGUUUCUACCGCGACCCGAAAACGCAAAUCGUCGACUACUGCGCCCCGCCAAAGGAGAAAAAUGCGCACUCGCGGUUUAACAUCCGUGAGAUCGAAAUCCAGUACGACGUGUGGGAUGCGGAGGACUAUUCCUCUGCCGCUGUUCCGCUGGAUUCGCUGGAAGAGUCCGUGGCCUACGUCAAGCUGUACCGCGGUGCGAUUUACCGUAUCCAACGGGAAACUUACAUUGUGGAGGACUUGGACACGACCAAUCAGUGGGCGGUGGUGCGGAAGCACAUUGGUGAGCCACUGAAGUACUACACACGGGCGAAGGACCGCGUGGAGGUAUUUAUUCACAGCCAGAUGCGGGAGGUGUUGGGUGAAAAUCUACUGGAAGCGGAGAAAAAGACCAACCCGAGCACCACGACCAUGCUCAAAACGACAGCCAAUGUUCCUCCAGGCACGUCUUCCUCCUCGACGGAGCAGCAGGACCAGAAUGACGCAAACAACCUCGCGGUAGCUGCGCCAGCUGCUGGACAGCUUCCUAGUGAUGCCUCGACCGCUCCUGCGCCACCAGAGCUGCACGACGAGAACCUGCAGAAGAAGCCUCAGUCGUACGUGAAAAUCUUCAACCAACUGCAUGUGCUUUAUCGUGGACCCUUGACGACGUUUCUCUUUGUCACAGGGUAUCACAAGCUGAACAAAGCGGAUGGGCAGGUGGAAGACACGAUUGACCUGAAGAUGGCACCGCUAAAGCGCUACCACACUGGCAUUUGGCUCGACUUGGGAAUUCUGGCCCGGUUGCACCCGGCGGGAUUGCACGUUUUGGAGCACGUGAUGUGCCUGCUCGCGCCGGUGUUUGGGAUCACCGAGCCUCUGAAAGCGCAGCACAAUCGCGGUAUGAAGAAGGGGGGCGACGGCAGCGGCGAGAACGACCAUGGGGAGAAACUUUUGCUCUACCCCUACAGCCGCACGUUAGCCGAGAACUUCGCGCUACUGCUAGAGUGUUCCGCAGAGCGGAUUUUCACGUGUGAAUGCGAGAAGGGCUGCCCCAAGUGUAUCAUGGACUCGAGUUGCUACCAGGGCGGGUUGGAUAAGGAGGACGGGAAGGAACUUUUGCGCAAACUAGGGUACGACGAGUGGCGGGCGCAGAGAGAGGAAAAACUCGGAAGUGGCAGCAGUUUGGCAGGCAGGGUCAUUCCCGAUAUGCGUGUGGAAACCAUAACAAGAUCUAUGGCUUGAAGAAGAAGCAUUUUUUGGCGAUUCGCCUGGCUAUUGUUUGAAGAUGAAGCAGAU